AUGGAGACGACGGCGGGCGGACAAGUCAAAGAGGAAGCCACCGCUGUCCGCGACGGCUCGAUUUUCGGACACGAGCCGCGCGAUCGCCUCCUCCGCGCCCAUUGCUACGCCCAAGUCUUUCAGGAAAUCAGUCGUUUACUUAUGGGACUGAAUUGUGGAAGGGCUCUCGAAGCUGCUCCUCUGGCAGAUUCUGCAAAAGCUCUCUCAUCUGCGCGUGAUUUUGACAUACGGGCAUUUCGUUUUACAGCAGAGAAGGAGUUAUUAAGAGAACCGCGAGUUGUCAGAGUCGGCCUUAUUCAAAACUCUAUAGAUCUUCCCACAACUGCUCCCUUUCUGGAUCAGAAGAGCGCUAUCCAUGACAAAGUCAAACCAAUGAUAGAUGCUGCAGGUGCUUCAGGAGUGAACAUAUUGUGCUUGCAGGUUACGUGGAUGAUGCCAUUUGCCUUUUGCACAAGAGAGAAGAGGUGGUGCGAACUCGCAGAGCCUGUUGAUAGGGAAUCGACAAGGUUUCUUCAGGAUCUAGCGGAAAAAUAUAACAUGGUCAUUGUUAAUCCUAUCCUUGAGAGGGAUGUAAACCAUGGGGAGACUAUUUGGAAUACUGCUGUUAUUAUAGGCAAUCACGGCAAUAUUAUAGGCAAGCAUCGAAAGCUUGAUGAUUGCAUUUGGCACAACCACGUCACCAGGGCUGGAGAGAGUACCUACUACAUCGAAGGAAAUACAGGGCAUCCUGUGUUUGAGACUGCAUAUGGAAAGAUCGCUGUCAAUAUUGGUUAUGGGAGACACCAUCCUUUGAAUUGGUUAGCAUUUGGCGUGAAUCGUGCUGAGAUUGUGUUCAACCCUUGUGCGGCCGGUGGACUUACCGAGCCAAUGUGGCCGAUUGAGGCCCGAAAUGCUGCCAUUGCCAACGGCUAUUUUGUUGGAUCGAUCAAUAGGGUAGGGAGAGAAACAUUUCCCGAUCCGUCCGCAUCAGGCAAGGGAAAUCCACGGCGCAUGGAUUUCGGCUACUUCUAUGGAUCCAGUCACUUUUCAAGUCCAGACGCUUCGUGCUCGCCACCGCUAUCCCAGCGCAGAGAUGGAUUGCUGGUCUCCGACAUGGAUCUCAACCUCUGCAGGCAGCUGAGAGACAAGUGGGGCUUCAGAAUGACUGCUCGGUACGAGCUCUAUGCCGAUAUGCUCACUCAGUAUUUGAAGCCGGACUUUGAACCCCAGGUCAUAUCUGAUCCCUUGCGAAAUGGGUUUUGCCAAAGGAAUUUAGUGUCCGGCACUGGUAAGUCAUCGGAUAAGGAGGGAGGUCGCGGGUUCUGAUUAAUAUUCCUCCCUGCGCUAUGUGUUUCAAAAACUUUGUUCUCUUUCCCUUAGCAGACACCUUUGUUCGCUUCCCCUUUUUUGGGAUAUU